AUGAAGUUCUCCGCUGUCCUCGCUGCCAUCUCGGCCUCUGCCGUUCUCGCCGCCCCCGGUGGCCAGUCUGGCCCCAACGGCGCCGCCGCCAUCGAGAAGCGCGCCUCCUUCCCCAUCCCCGCCUCCAAGGGCACCGUCACCUACAAGGCUGCUCAGUCCGUCAAGGGUACCUUCGACGGUGGCAUGAAGACCUACGGCCGUGGCGUCAAGUGCACUGGCCAGGCUGAGGGUGGCGACAAGGACGCUGUCUUCCUCCUCGAGAACGGCGCUACCCUCAAGAACGCCAUCAUCGGUGCCGACCAGAUCGAGGGUGUCCACUGCAAGGGCUCCUGCACCAUCAACAACGUCUGGUGGACUGCUGUCUGCGAGGAUGCUCUCUCCCUGAAGGGUGACGGCAACGCCUCCGUCAUUGGCGGUGGUGCCCGCGGCGCUGAGGACAAGGUCAUCCAGCACAACGGUCUCGGAACCGUCACCAUUGACGGCUUCACCGUUGUCGACUUCGGCAAGCUCUACCGCUCUUGCGGCAACUGCAAGACCAUGGGCAAGCGCUCCGUCGUCGUCAAGAACGUCAAGGCCUACAACGGCAAGAUGCUCACCGGCAUCAACUCCAACAAGGGUGACACCUCCACCAUCACCGGCACCUGUGCCACCUCCGUCAAGGAGAUCUGCACCGAGUUCCAGGGCACCACCCCCGGCAACGAGCCCAAGAAGAUCGGCUCCGGCCCUUCUUCCGCCUGCAAGUACUCCACCCUCAAGGCUUGCUAA